CAGCGGUUGGGGUGGCGGUUCCCCCCAUUGACAUGGCUGGCGAUGCUCCCGCCUGCCCUCUCCUCCCCGGCGCGAGCUGGGGCGUGAAGGUGGCUCUGGGUUGGGAUGCGGGAUGCUGCCUCACCCUUCCCACCGCUAGACGGGACCACGGCACCGGCGCUCCGGCAGCCCGAUGCGCGCCUGUCCCGCGUGACUCGCAUACGCAAUGCAGCCAUGCUUAACGAGCGGCCAUCACUGAUCACCAGGGACCCGGGGCGAGGAUGAGCCUUGGUGUGUUGGUGUGGACAGCUCAGCGCAGAAGAGGCAGUGGUCCUUCUUGCACAGGACAUGGAAGCUUCUGCCUGUGAAUUUAAUACCAAAGACAGUCAGGAUCUUGGUGACAGACAGAAGCAAAGGAUAAACCAUCAGAUAAGCCCUUACCAGAAAACAGCCUUUGAAGGAGUCAAGAGCAGGGAGAAAGAACAAGAAACACAAGAAGAGGAACAUUUGAUGGAAGAAAAGAAAAAGAAAAAGCAGGAAGAAAAGAAAAAGAAGGAAGGUGCUCAGAAAAAGGCUGCUGAACAAAAAACCAAAGUGCCAGAACCUAUUAAGACCAGUUUAAGCCAGCCCCAACCUGCCGGUACCGGUACCAGUACUUCCACCAGCACUAUUACCAACAGCAGCAAUGGCAAGCGUGCGUCUGCAAAUGGGCAGCAGCCAACUGCAUCCCGUUACCUGCCUCGUGAGGUGCCUCCACGCUUCCGCCAGCAAGAACAGAAGCAGCUCCUAAAGCGGGGCCAGCCACUGCCCGCCGGGACUCUGACCGGCACCAGCCCAGCGCAAGGAACUGGCCAAGCAGGGGCAAGUCCUCCUCCGCAGCAAGGAGCAGGUGGACAGCAUCAUCCCAGUAAGACCCAAACAGAUCUCAGCCACAGUGGAUUGGGAGACCAUUAUGAGAAUUCCCACUGGGGACAGCAGCCCGCUUUCAGGAGUGAAGGCAACUGCAGCUGGGAUAAAGUGAUAAUAGACAGGACUGACAAGGAAGCGUGGCCUUCCAUUACCGGAGCUGAGACUGAGUCUGCCUCAGAAUGUACUACAGACACUGACUCUGCCUCCAACUGUGGCUCAGAGAACAGUAGCAUGGCUACAGGGAGUGCCCAAGGCAACUUCACUGGACAUACAAAGAAAACUAAUGGCAAUAAUGGCGCCAACGGAGCACUCGUCCAAAGCACUUCUAACCAGAGUGCCCUUGGAGCUGGUGGAGCAAACGGUAACGGCAGCUCGGCCAGAGUGUGGGGGGUGGCUGCGGGCUCCAGCUCUGGCCUAGCUCACUGCUCUGCCAGUGCUGGGGAUGGAAAGAUGGACAACAUGAUGGGAGAUGGUAGAAGUCAGAACUGUUGGGGUGCUUCCAACUCGAAUGCUGGCAUUAAUCUUAACCUUAACCCUAAUGCCAAUCCAGCUGCCUGGCCUGUACUUGGACAUGAAGGAACUGUGGGAGCAGGCAACCCUUCCAGUAUUUGCAGUCCAGUCAGUGCCAUAGGUCAGAACAUGGGCAACCAGAAUGGGAACCCAACAGGCACCUUAGGUGCUUGGGGAAACUUGCUGCCGCAAGAGAGCACAGAACCACAAACGUCCACUUCUCAGAAUGUGUCUUUCAGCGUACAACCUCAGAACCUUAACACUGAUGGACCAAAUAACACUAACCCCAUGAACUCUUCACCAAACCCUAUCAAUGCAAUGCAGACAAAUGGACUGCCGAACUGGGGGAUGGCUGUUGGUAUGGGGGCCAUCAUCCCGCCCCACCUGCAAGGCCUUCCUGGUGCUAACGGAACAUCAGUUUCUCAAGUCAGCGGGGGCAGUGGUGAAGGAAUGGGCAGUUCAGUGUGGGGGAUGUCCCCAGCUAAUCCUGCCACAGGAAACAGCAAUUCUGGGUUCAGUCAGGGGAAUGGAGACACUGUGAACUCAGCAUUAAGUGCUAAACAAAAUGGAUCCAGCAGUGCUGUGCAAAAAGAGGGAAACGGAGCGAGCGCAUGGGAUUCGGGACCUCCUUCUGGUCCUGGGGUACUAGCGUGGGGCAGGGGUGGUGGCAACAGCGGUGUUGGUAGUAUGCAUUCUGGAGCGUGGGGCCACCCCAACCGGAACACCAGUAACGGUGUGAACGGGGAAUGGGGCAAGCCCCCAAACCAGCAUUCCAAUAGCGACGUCAACGGGAAAGGAUCAACAGGGUGGGAUAGCUCUAGUGUUACCAGUCCGAAUCCUGCCAUGCAGCAGGGCAAUGAACAAAUAAACUCUUGGGCCAAAGCUGCAGCAUCUGGCACCACAGCUAGUGAAGGAAGUAAUGACAGCGGUGGGAGUCAAAAUGAAGGCAGUACUGGAAGGGAGGGGGCUGGAGAGGGCAGGAGGAGAGACAAAGGGAUGAUAGACCAAGGGCAAGUUCAGUUGCCAAGAAACGACCUUGACCCCAGGGUCCUGUCCAAUACAGGGUGGGGACAGACCCCUGUAAAGCAAAACACUGCCUGGGAAUUUGAAGAGUCCCCAAGGUCUGAACGAAAGAAUGACAAUGGAACAGAGGCCUGGGGUUGUGCAGCUACUCAAUCUUCAAACUCAGGGGGGAAGAAUGAUGGGUCCAUCAUGAACAGUACAAAUACCUCUUCAGUAUCUGGGUGGGUCAACUCUCCACCGGCAGCUGUUCCAACUAAUACAGGUUGGGGAGACAAUAACAACAAAGCACCAAAUGGCCCGGGGGGAUGGGGGGAGUCAGCAAGCUCUACUACUGUUAAUAAUGCUGCUGCUGCCAAAAGCGGCCACGCUUGGAGUGGGACCGCAAAUCAGGAGGACAAAUCACCUACCUGGGGUGAACCUCAGAAACCCAAAUCUCAAAACUGGGGAGAUGGACAGAAAUCAAAUCCAAGCUGGACUUCAGGAGGUGGAGAUUGGACAGAUUCAUCAUCUAUUCCUGGACACUUGGGUGAUGGGAAGAAGAAUGGAUCUGGAUGGGAUUCUGACAAUAGAUCAGGGUCUGGUUGGAAUGAUUCCACAAGGUCUGGGACCAGUGGGUGGGGAAAUGGCACAAACAGCAAGGCUAAUACAGGUACAAGUUGGGGGGAAUCUUUAAAGCCAAGCCCCCAACAAAACUGGGCUAAUAAACCCCAGGACAACAAUGUAAGUAACUGGGGAGGAGCUGCUUCUGUCAAACAGACGGGGUCAGGGUGGGUUGGUGGGCCAGUGCCAGCCAAACAAAAAGAGAACUGUGAGGCAACUGGCUGGGAAGAGCCAUCUCCACCGUCCAUUCGCCGCAAGAUGGAAAUCGAUGAUGGUACCUCAGCUUGGGGCGACCCAAAUUACAACAACAACAAGACUGUAAACAUGUGGGAUAGAAAUAAUCCUAUAAUUCAGAGCAGUACCACAACCAAUACCACCACCACUAGCACCAUUAUCAACACCAACAUGGUUGAACCUCAGCCAUCGCACCAGUCAAGUGCCCAGCCGAACCGGUCCCCGCUGCUUGGUCCAGCAGGCUGGGGAGAAAUGCCUGCUGUCCACGCAAAGACUGAAGCUUCCUGGGGAGAGCCGUCAUCCCCUUCUGCUGCAGUUGAUAAUGGCACUUCAGCAUGGGGGAAACCCCCCAGCAGUGGUACAGGGUGGGGAGAUAAUCCUGCCGAGUCGGCAGGGACAUACGGAAGAACAAAUGCUCCAGCUGCUGCCCCAGCACUGUGCAAACCAGCUUCAAAAUCUAUGCAAGAAGGCUGGGGCAGUGGUGGGGAUGAAGUGAAUCUCAGUACUAGUCAGUGGGAAGAUGAAGAAGGAGAUAUGUGGAAUAAUACUGCUUCACAAGAGAGCAGCUCCUCCUGUAAUUCCUGGGGGAAUGCCCCGAAGAAAGGACUUCAAAAGCCCAAAACAAAUCCACGCUUGUCCCUUGGUACUUUCUGGAGAACUGAAAGGAAGAGACUUCUUAAGGAUUUUGUGAUAGAAAAGCUGCACAGAGAUCUUUUAAAGGGCAUGAAGACAUCUAGCAAGCAAGAUGAGGCCUGGAUCAUGAACCGUCUGAUAAAACAGCUCACAGACAUGGGCUUCCCUAGAGAGCCAGCAGAAGAGGCCUUGAAGAGCAACAAUAUGAAUCUCGAUCAGGCCAUGAGUGCUCUGCUGGAAAAGAAGGUGGAAAUGGACAAGCGUGGAAUGGGAGUGACCGACUAUAAUGGAAUGGUCACCAAACCCCUUGGCUGCCGCCCACCACCAAUCUCCAAAGAGUCUUCCAUGGACCGCCCCACCUUCCUUGACAAGCUCACCCUUUCUUUCUCCAAUCAGGAUGGCGGCCUAGUGGAAGAGCCCACUACUUCACCAUUUUUGCCUUCACCAAGCCUGAAGCUCCCCCUUUCAAACAGUGCACUCCCUAAUCAGACCCUGGGCGGGAUUGCCUCAGGGCUGGGCAUGCAAAACUUGAAUUCUUCUAGACAGAUACCGAGUGGCAAUCUGGGUAUGUUUGGCAAUAGCGGAGCAGCACAAGCCAGGACCAUGCAACAGCCGCAGCAACCGCCAGUGCAACCUCUUAAUUCAUCCCAGCCUAGUCUUCGUGCUCAAGUGCCUCAGUUUCUAUCCCCUCAGGUUCAAGCACAGCUUUUGCAGUUUGCAGCAAAAAACAUUGGUCUCAGCCCUGCACAGUUAACCUCGCCAAUUAAUAAUCCUCAGCAUAUGACGAUGUUGAACCAGCUCUAUCAGCUGCAGCUGGCAUACCAACGUUUACAAAUCCAGCAGCAGAUGUUACAGGCUCAGCGUAACGUUUCCGGACCCAUGAGACAACAGGAGCAGCAAGUUGCACGUACAAUCAAUAACAUGCAGCAGCAGAUCCAGCAGCACCAGCGCCAGCUGGCCCAGGCCCUGCUUAUGAAGCAGCAGCCUCCCCCUCCACAUCUAUCUUUGCACCCCUCUGCAGGCAAAUCAGCCAUGGAUAGCUUUUCACCCCAUCCCCAGGCUCCCAGCCUACCUGACCUGCAGACCAAAGAGCAACAGUCUUCACCGAACACCUUUGCUCCUUACCCUCUUGCUGGACUGAACCCGAACAUGAAUGUAAAUAACAUGGACAUUACUGGUGGUUUGUCAGUGAAGGACACUUCUCAGUCCCAGUCUCGCCUUCCUCAGUGGACACACCCCAACUCAAUGGAUAAUCUGUCUAGUGCUGCUUCUUCGCUUGACCAGAACUCCAGCAAGCACGGUGCUAUACCUGGAGGUUUGAGUAUUGGUCCUCCGGGAAAGUCGUCCAUCGAUGACUCUUACAGCCGGUAUGAUCUGAUGCAGAACAGUGAAUCACCCGCCAGUCCGCCCGUAGCUGUUCCUCACAGCUGGUCACGUGCCAAAACUGAUAGUGAUAAAAUUUCCAAUGGCUCCAGCAUAAACUGGCCACCAGAGUUUCAUCCAGGAGUGCCAUGGAAAGGACUGCAGAAUAUUGAUCCUGAAAAUGACCCUGAUGUUACUCCUGGAAGUGUUCCAACUGGGCCUACCAUAAACACCACGAUACAGGAUGUUAAUCGCUAUCUUCUCAAGAGUGGAGGGUCAUCCCCAACAUCAUCUCAGAAUGCCACGCUGCCUUCAUCGAGUGCCUGGCCGCUUAGUGCCUCCGGCUACAGUAGCUCUUUCAGCAGCAUUGCAUCUGCACCUAGCAUUGCAGGUAAAUUGUCAGACAUCAAGUCGACAUGGUCCUCUGGCCCAAUCUCUCACACACAAGCCUCUCUAUCCCAUGAACUAUGGAAGGUACCCAGAAACACUACUGCUCCUACAAGACCACCUCCGGGCUUAACAAAUACCAAGCCAUCAUCGACGUGGGGUGCCAGUCCCCUGGGCUGGACCAGCUCUUACUCCUCGGGUUCUGCAUGGAGUACUGACAGCUCAGGGAGAACAAGCAGCUGGCUGGUUCUUCGUAACCUCACACCCCAGAUUGAUGGCUCCACACUGCGGACACUGUGCUUGCAACAUGGCCCUCUGAUAACAUUCCACUUGAACCUGACACAAGGGAAUGCUGUGGUCCGCUACAGUUCCAAGGAGGAAGCAGCCAAGGCCCAGAAGUCUCUGCAUAUGUGUGUCCUGGGAAACACUACUAUCCUGGCCGAGUUUGCUGGUGAGGAAGAAGUCAACCGUUUCUUAGCACAAGGCCAGGCGCUGCCGCCCACCUCCAGCUGGCAGUCCAACACUGGAACCAACCAGACCCGCCUGGGCUCCUCCAGCAGCUCCCACGGCUUGGUGCGCAAUGACACUGGGCACUGGAACACUCCCUGCCUGGGGGGCAAGGGGAGCAGCGACCUGCUCUGGGGUGGGGUGCCCCAGUACUCCAGCAGCCUUUGGGGACCCCCGAGCACCGACGACGGCAGAGUUAUCGGCAGCCCGACACCUUUGAAUACUCUUCUUCCGGGUGAUCUUCUCAGUGGGGAGUCCAUCUAGGAAACAAGAGAAACAAAAUGGAAAAUAACAAUCAUCAGCACUAAAAGGAAAAAUAAAAUUGUAACCCUUUCCAGUCCCGGGCUUGAUGAAGAAUCCAGCUUUAACAGAUCAGACUGGCAGCCCUUUUUAGUACCUCUGUCCAAUAUCGACUAUGAAACUGCAGAAGUCCUUGUGAACUGUUCAUGAAACAGUAUGGGCUACUUUUGGUCAGUGUCACAUGCUAAUGACAGGUUUUAUUGUUUUUUGUUUUCAUGGCUUUUUGUUUUAUGUUGUCUUUUUAUGUUUGUAUGGUGAUUUUUUCAAAACGAAGUAUAAAAGCUGCUUAGAAUAGGUCUAUCAUGAAGGGCACUUUUCAGAAUUUGGGCUGGAAAGGGUUAUUUUAUCAACUGGGGGAGGGGAGGGAGGGGAAGGGGAAAUUGAAAGCCUAUUUAAAAUGAGCCUGUGACUAUUAUGCACAUUACCAGAGGCGGACCCAAUAAUCAGAAAGGGUGAAGUGUGAUAUUUACCAUUGGUACAGAAAAGAGACGAGUUGGAAUGGUAACUAUGGACUGUACAGGUUGAGCUGGGGGGAGGGCAGGGUUGGGCUAUCUCUGUGUCCACUACUCCCAUGGAUCUGCCUAUGCACAUUACCCUUGUUUCAUUACUUUUUUCCAUGUCAUUUUUUUUAAUCCCCAAAAUAUAAAAAAGUAAAAAAAUAAAAGUUAAAAAAAAAAUUAAAAAAUAGUAAAAAAAAAAAAAAACAAACACCAAACAACAAAAAAAAACCCCAACCACCCACCAAACCACAAACCAUAUCAACAUGCAAAUACUUGAAUCCAGCAGGCCAACAACAAAAUGUGAACACUUUCUAAGUUGAAUUAUUACACUUCCAGGUCGGCAUCAGUACACAAAAACCAGGCUCUAAGGAUUUUUGUUCUUCAAGCUCAGCCUCUGUUUGUGUUGGAACAGCCGUAUGUGUGCGUGCGGGUGCCUGUGCGGGUGUGUGUGUCCCUGUGUGCCCAGGGAGGGGGUUCACUAAAAGGGUGAAUUUUCUCCUUUUAUUCAGUAUAUGCUUUUUAUUUGCUCAUUGGUCAAAUGUUUAAUUGUUAUUAGCUUCUAACUUUGCACUGAGUGUCCGCAGCCCUUCUUGUAGCUAAUCCUAGAAUGGUCAAAAGUUAAAAGGAAAGGAACUGAUAGAAGGGGCCGGCGACAAUUCACGUGUAAAUGUUUACUCAAGGACUCUUAUCGCAUUUUAAAAAUGACAGUGUGUAUCUCUGGAGAAUAAUAUGUAUAUCUACCUUUAGCAGCUUUUUAUUGUGGACUAAUGCAAGAAAAUUACCGGAGUAUUGCACCAUUUUUCCAUUCGGAAUAUAAAGUUUAACAAAAAAAAAUACUCUUGUUGAACUGUGGCCAUAGUUAAUUGUAAAGAGUUGAUAGUUCCCUUGCAAGCAGGAACAGAAACAAGCACUUGGACAUAGGUUUUGACUGCUUUUGGAGGAGCCAGGAGUUGUGGCUCCCACCUGUUUACAGACCUUUUUUUUUCUCCUUCAAACUUUAAAAUAAAAUUAAAAAAAAAACACACACAAAAAAAAAAA